AUGGCUUCCCCCGACGCCGCCACGGGCGCCCUACUUCCCGAAAACUUGUCGGUCAGCGGAGUGGUCCUACCGCCGCCCCCGCCGUACCUGAGCGCCAGCGACAGCCGCGGUUCCUCGUCCCCGUCCACCCACGACCUGCCGCCACCGCUCCCGCCGGCUUUCAACGCGGCCGCCCUCUGCGAUCAGUUCUGCUCGGUCAUCAACGGGUUCCGGGGUCUCGACCCCUUGUCCAACGCGAGGCUCAAGAGUCCCUCGUCGAGGUCCGUGGCCGCCGACGCGACGGACUGCAGGCUCAUCCAGUACCGCGGCGAGAAGAUCGCGGCGUUCGCGUACCGCGGCGAGUACCUGCUCUGCCUGCCCCAGGCCUUCGAGCUGUUCCUCCGGCACCUGGUGGGCGGUUUGCACACGGUGUACACAAAGCUCAAGCGACUGGGCAUCAGUCCGAUCGUGUGUAACGUCGAGCAAGUCCGCGUGCUGCGGGGUCUCGGGGCCAUCCAGCCAGGGGUGAAUCGCUGCAAGCUGCUCUCGUGCAAGGACUUCGACGCGCUGUACAAGGACUGCACCACUGCAAGAAAGAAAACGGGGAGGGGGAGGUCAUCGUCUCUGCCCGGCCGACCUCCGAAGCGCGCAUCCCUAGUGGGUCUCGGAGGGCGCUCGGGAGGCUAUCCGCCCCUGCUCAAGCCAGGCGCGGAGAUGGACUACGAAGCAGCGGUGAAGUCCGAAUAUGUACGCUGUGACGAAGAUGUCGAUCUCAACAUCCCUGCCAUGUUAUUCAAGAUGUGGAACCAAGGUAAACGAGCUCCCGUGUCAGAAAAGAUGGCGCAGAGCGCGUACCACGCGGCGGCCCUGGGCUGCUCCCCCCUGGACCCGCAAGCGCUGGGGAUGCUCGGCCUGGGGGGCCACGGAGCCGGCAAUUCGGCGGCCGCGGCGGCGGCGGCCGCGGCCUACCAGCGACACCUGCUGUCCGGCGGGCUGGCCCUGCCCCUGGCGUCCAUCGCCCACCUGGGACGAGGACAGGAAAGGCUCCUCAGGCAACAGGCGGCCGGGAUGGACCUCUGCAAUCCCAGAAACAGUGACGACUCCUGCGAGAAAGACAAGUCACGCAACCCCGACCCAAACGGCAAGUCCAAAAGUCCCGGAUGGCCUCCGGGAGACGCCGAAACCGGCUCGGCGCUCAACCUCUCCCAGAACGGCAGCGGAACCCGAGCGAGAGACGUGGACGUCUUUCGGACAAGGGACGACGACGACGGACAGGGCGAGUCAGACUACGCGGAAGACAGGGACCAGGGCGACCUCAGUGAGGACUCCGAAGCGAGCACGUCGAGCACGGGCGGUGGAGACCCCAAGCGCCACCGCGCCCCGUCGCAGGACGGCGACAGCCAGUUGCAGCAGUUCAUGGACCGCACGGGUCUUCUGGCGGCCAGAGGCUCCGUCGAGACGCUUCUGCAGAACAUCCUCGGGCUCCUCAAGGUGGCCGAGGAAAACGCCAGGCAGCAGGAACAACAGGUCCACAUGGAGAGAGCGGAGCUGAAAGUGGAGAUCCUUCGCGAGCGAGAACUGCGGGAGGGCCUCGAGAAGAAGCUUCAGGAAGAGCAGAACAAGAGAGUGUUCUACCAGAAGCGGCUGCGUCGUGAGAAACGCUGCCGGCGGCAAGUUCAGGACCAGCUCGAAGGGGAAGUCAAGAAGAGAGUACGCUACGAAGAGGCGCUCCGCACCACGCUUGCCGAGUCUCAAAUUCCCAAAGAGACAUUACAAGAAGAGAUCAAGAGCGAAGACGCUGUCGCCAUGGAGUCAGAUAACAGCAUUAAAAGUCGGUAGAUAUAAUCUUGGAAGAAUCCACCAUCACCCAGACCAGCGCCGAGUCCUGA